AUGGACAUGAGAACGCAGGACGAGUCGUCGUCGUCGUCUAGUAUUGUAGGACACGGUCUCCUGAGUGAAGUGCUCAAAAUGCAUGGCCUCCUGGAGGAAUAUCAGCACACCCUUACAGUGCUUGAAAUUGAAAAGGCAGAUAAACAACAGGAGUUCAACAAACUCGAUGGACUAUUAAAGGGAAAAGGUGAGACAGAAGAGAGAUACAAGGACGAGAUUUGGAAUCUGGAGCUCAACAAGCAAGAACUGCUACAAAAGAUACAUGAUUUGUCACAGAGUCUAAGUAGAUCAACAAUAGAGCAGAAUAGACUAGCCAAACAAGAGGCAAAACUCUGCCAGGAAAUCGAGCAUUUCAAAACAGUGCAACACAUCUGGGAGUCUAAUUUGAUGUCUGCCCAAGAGCAGCAUAACGAGGAGACAUUGGCGCUGAAAAAGACGCUAUACAACUUGCGCGCAGAGAAGGAUCAGAUAGCAAAGCAGUUGCAAGAAGUAUUGGCAAUACAACAGGAAGUGGCCCACCAGCAAAAUGGACUGCGACAUGUCGACAAACCACCUUUCUCCAGCAGCAAGGAAGAGCCUACAUCCACCAUUACCGCAACCACCACGGCAUCCAAUCCACUCAACAACAGCGCACGCUUGAAUUCAAAAUCACUGGCAGCGCGACACGAAGCAGAGAUAGCAGCCCUCAGCAUAUCGCUGGAUCAAGCUCACGAGAUUAUCAAGACCAUGCAGACAAAGAUAGACGAGGAGCGACAGGAGCGCACCGAGAUUGACAAUCUAAUGAGAGAAGCACAGGAGACGAUAGAGCACUUCCGUCAGCACCACACACCAUCCACGUCGCUGUUCUCGUUGCCAGCACAGCAGCCGCAUUCUCCAAUAUCAAACAGCUCAUUAGCGUCACAUUCUCCUGCUUCCAUAUCCAACAGACAGCAGCGUUCGUCAUUGAGAUCGAUAAAUAGAUCCAGCCCUAGUACAAAACAAUUGGCAGUGGCAGGCUCAUCUCCUUAUCCUCAACGAGGCAAAUCACUGGGUGAUGAACUGUCUCAAGCUGGGUCUGUAGGCAAAUUUAUAGCCUCCUCAGCCAUGUCUAGCAGUAGUUGUCAUACAAACACUGGACAAACAAGUAAUGAACCCAAGCAAAAGCCUCUCGACAACAAGAAUACACUACCUCUUCACUCCCGCAAAACGGCCCUAGAGAAAAGCAUCACGCUCACUUGUGUUGAAUUGCCUUCCAUCACGAACCAUGAUACACUAUCCUCUUUCAUGUCAUCCCCAUCAGCCACAAGCAUCAGUGAAAGUACUAGUAAUAAACAGGCGCAAUCGCAAAGGGUGGCCUCCCACCAUGAGUAUUACGGAACAUUGAUCAGGGAGCCUACCAGCUACAUAUACAAGUCAAAGCGAGACAAGAUGGCUGCCGCCGCUGAUGAACAAAGGCAACAGAAAUCACCGCCAUUCAAAUUAAACUUUGGCAAUCAUGAUUUCAAGGUCAAUACUGAUUUCAACCGAGAGAAUAAUGAGGGUGAUAGUGGAUCAUCAGCCGAUGCCAUGACACGCACCAUGAUUGGUAAUUGGAUGUGGAAGCAUACCAGAAAAGUGGUUGGCAGUGGUAUUUCAGAGAACAGACAUCGUCGGUUUUUCUGGAUACAUCCUUAUACUCAAACGCUGUAUUGGAGUACUCAGGAGCCUGGUGCCAAUGCUAGUCGAUGCAGUACAAAGAGCGUGCUGGUGGAAUCUUUUAUGGUGUUGCCGCCACAUGAGAAAUCAAGGCCUCCUGGCAUCUAUAUUAAAGCGCCAUCACGAGAUAUUCAGAUUCAAUGCUUGGAUUUCACGGCUCAUUAUGCUUGGAUCAAGUCUCUGAGGUACCUGUCGAGCGAUGCAGAUUAUACGCAGUAUGUGAUACCCACCAUCAAGAAAUCAAUCACUGGGAAGGCCAUGUUCGAUAGAAAAAAGCUUUCCUCACUGCGACAAAAGAAUCACUCUUUUACAAAGCUACUGGACGCGACACUUUCGUUGCCAAAUUCAGCCAUUCGAUGUGAUAAUAAGACGCAAGCAAAGUCCUUUGGUGGGGGUAGUAGAGAGUGGCAGCCACUACAGGCCCUGUUCAAUAACUCGACUUUAAUUGAUCUGUCGAUUGAUCAAGGCCCGUUUAUAGACUUAAACACGCCCAAAGCAUCAAUAAACCGCUUUUAG